GGCAUAUUCCUGAACAAAUCGAAGACCUUCCUGACGUGGGUCAACGAGGAGGAUCAUCUGAGGAUCAUCUCGAUGCAGCCCGGGGGCAACCUCCAGGAGGUCUACUCUCGUCUGGUCAGCGCUCUCAACGGUCUGGACUCAACAGGAAUCAAAUUCGCCCUGAAGGAAGGGAUCGGGUGAGUCAUAUUGACGCCAGUCAAGUUUAGGAUACAGGUGAUGUGUGUGAAACUGGCCAAGUGUCUAUUUAUAGACGUUGAGCUCUAAGAGUGAUACAUAGAAUGUGUCCUACUUUUGAUUUCUUGAUAAUUGAUUGACUUUGUCAUUUUAUUUUUAAAUAUUUUUUUAUUUUUUUUUGCUUUUCAUUCUCAGUAUUAAAUUUUGAAUUUUUGAAUCACGUUGCACUGUGUUCCAUGCCCACAAGACAAGCUCACCAACAUUAUGUAGGUUUUAAACUAAACGAGUGUAUUUCAUUUAAAAUAUCAAAGGUUGAAGUUGAGGAAUUGGAUAUAAAUAUAUUAUCAUCCGCCCACAGCAUUCGCCAGAUUUUAAAACGGAAGCAGGCACGGAAGGAAUAUAUUCUUACUGUAAUGGACGCUACAUAGCGUGCCACUUAUUUGAAACACAAUCUGCUAAAUAUUUAUAACAUUACCGCAUGUCAACUGAACGCUUUAAUGGCUUGAAAAUUGGCGACUGUGUUGAUAACUUCUGAACACAUAACUGAGUCGUCAAGUUUGGGAACUAUAACGACCGGAUCAUUCUUAAAAAACGUAUUCCAGAGUGCCUGCGAUGCAACAAUAAUGUCAACUGCUGGACUUCUCAUCACUUAAUACAGGAAACAUGAGGGCCAUUCAAAGUGUUGUUUAUGAAAGCCAUCGAUGGUUUUUCAUCACAAUUGAUUUCAGGAUUCGUCAUAAUACCUCCGUCUGCUCUAUUGCCUCCAAGCAAUCCAUGUUUACGGUUAAGGCUGAACGUAUUACUCCAAACACUUGUCACACAUGAAGGUGAUCUGCCACUGGGGUAUUAUUGACAUGCUUGAUCUAGCCCGCCAAACAUUGCCAGCAGUAAUGCGUGAACGUCCCAUCUACUUAAGUUACUGGACAAAACAUGAGCUCAAGUAAAGCAUGUUUAAGAAUCCCAAUGUUUGCCACACCCAUUGCCCAUGAUGCGUCACGGCACACAUUUUAUUGCACGACCAUGAACUAUGUGAAGUGUUCUGAUGUCCCAACCACUUUCAAAUGGAUAUUUUUUACACCAAACUUAAAUUGACCCGAUUUCAUUUUCGAAAAGAAAAAUGUAUACGUUAACAAACUUGCGUUAAAAAACAAAACAAAAAAAUAUCAUUUAGCGAAGUUUUCGGGAACGAUAUUUUGCACGCUUUUGAACUCAAAAUUGAACAAUACUUUCUUUCAAAAAUUUAGAAUUAUUCGUAAUAUACUCUCAAUGCCAACUUCGCUGAUUAUGAAGCAGUCAAUUAUGAAGCAGUCAAUUAGGAAGCAGUGAAUUAAGAAACGUUCCACGAGUCACACCAGAAGUGUAAUGUACAUAUAUGAGAUUAAAGUCAAAGUCCAAUUAUAAGGUCCUGCAAGCUCAAGAGAAAAACCAUGAAAAUCUUUAGUCCACUUCUCCUAAAAAUCUCCUCUUGGGAUCUAAUAGAGACAGUUACACGAAGACGCGUUCAGUUAUAUGACAUGACCACAAGUUGAUUUAGGUCGUCCCGUCGUUUGAUAGUCAGCAUCCGAACAUCCCCCGCAUUACCGCGUCCUACCACCCGAUACACACACUCGCACAGUCCAGGGCCGGAUCCCAAAAUGAAAGGGCGGCCGCCACGUAUCGGAAACAUGAAAGAGAAGACAUGGCCGCCCCUGUGUCAUCAAGAGGACUACGUUAGAUCAAUUAUAGGCCUCUAUUGUCGCAUAAAUCUUGAUUACUCUUUUGAUGGGGCUAACACUGUGCUAGACGAGAUUAGGGUGUCAUCUCUUUACUGCCCGAUUUUUUUUACAACUUUAAAUUUGUGUGAUAUAUGUGUUGCUAUUUAUAGAUAAUGGUAGGUUGGCCAGUUUGAUUUCAGUGCAAGUUCAAGAUAAGUCGAACCUGGGUGUAAUUAUCACGUGACUUGAUAGUUUUAGAGUUGUUACGAAGGGUAAAAACGGUGGUAUUGGGUGUAACUUCGCCGAUGCCACUGUUUUUAAUCACUGAGCUGCAAGUUGUGCAUGUGAUGAUGGGUUAGAGGGUAUAGGGUGGUGAGUUUGUCUCCAAGUCUACGUCAGUACAAGGAGGUCACAACCUAUAAUCGCAAAGGUCACUAGGCGAAAGGGCUUUUGAAAUUUUUAAGGAAUACAAUCUGCCAAAAGAACUUUAAAAAAAAAAUUCAAAUAAAAAAGUGAAUGUAAUAUAGGCGGUAAUAAGGGAUAUGGUGUGAUGUGAUAUAAGCCUACUAAUUAUGAACUACUUUUAUUCACAAAUGUUUCCAAUUCUUGUAUUGUAUUUCCGUGAACGAUUUGCCUCAAUCAAAGAUUCUAAACAAUUUUCAACACCUAAGCAUAAGUUAAUGAAAUAUACUUUUCUUAUGCUUUAAUGAAAUAUACUGUUCUUAUGCUUUAAUCAAAUAUACUGUUCUUUUGCGGUAAUUAAAUAUACUGUUCGUAUGCUCAAGUCAAAUAUAUUGUACUUGUACAUUAUGCAAUAUACUGUUCUAAUGCCUUAAUCAAAUAACUAUUCUUAUGCUUUAAUGAAAUAUAGUGAUUUUGUGCGUUCAUAAAAUAUAUUGUUCUUAAGCUUUAAUAAAAUAUCCUGUUCUUACGCGUUAAUGAAAUAUACUGUUCUUAUGCUUUAAUCAAAUUUACCGUUCUUCUGCGCUAAUGCAAUAUACUGUUCUUAUGCGUUAAUCCAAUAUACUGUUCUUAUUCUUUAAUCAAAUAUACCGUUCUUAUGCGCUAAUCAAAUAUACUGUUCUUGUGCUUGAAUUAAAUAUACUGUUGUGCGUUAAUUAACCUCCCAGCUGCCAGUAAUUUAUCGUAUACACUUCGACUAAGCGAUAGCGUAUCAUUACAGGCUUAUUGUAAUUUAACGAUAACAAGCUGCUUAUUUUAAGGAUACCUUUAACGAUGCCCAACGAUGUUAUCGUUAUUUAUUUUUUUAACUAUCGCAAAGUUACCAGUAUUACUUAACAAUGGCACAUUGUAAAACCUAAGCAGUGUUAAAAACAAAACUGAGUUGUUUUUAGCAAGAAACAUGUUAUGAACGCUAUAGAAACGAUUAUAUGUCGUUUUCCAUAGAUGCAUUAGUAGACUCCCUUUCUCCCGUCAACACUGUCUGGCAGAUAACAUCACAAAUAUGAUUUAAGCUGAGUUGAAAACAUUUCUCAACAUCGUUCUUUUACGGAACAUAGACACUAAAAAAAAUAAUUAAUUUUUGUCUGAAAAUCUGUUGUCACAAUUGCAUUGAUGUUGAAAAUGUGUUUAUUUUAAAAGUUAACACUUCGAAUUUAUAUGAAAUGUAGAAGGGAAGCUCCAUGAUGUCCAACAUUAUCACUACAUUAUACCACAAGGCUCAAUAAAUACAGUAUGAGAAUGGUUAGAUAGAGUAUCUCUUCUUAUGUCGACCACAAGGAUCUUUCUUACGCCAUGUGUAGUACUAAACAUCCAUGACUUAUAACAUCACAUAAAUGAUAAUAUUCCAGUAUCUUGAUUUGAACUAACAUUAAAUAAACAGCUAUACCUCACUCUAAAGUUAACGCUAGCUAUAAGAGAAAUACUGUAAACGUAGACUAAACCCGAGAAUGACCGGAUCUUCAAAGAUGUUUAAACCAGUUGUACUAUUCAUAUUAUUAAAAUGUUGAUAAAAUUUACUGAAAAUGAAAAUUUAAAAGAGAUCUGAAUACAUAAUAUUUUUUUUAAUGAAAUAGAAAUUUGAAAGCGCUAGCACAUAUUGCGAAACGACUGCACUUAAGUUCAGAGUAACAAUCAAGAGGGCAUAGAAAUAUAUUUUAUCAAAACUGCACUUAAUGGGCUAAUACACCAAAUUGGUGCCUACUUGAAUUUCCGUUAACUUGAAGACAACAAUGGAAAUAACCGUCUUCUCUGAGGACAUAGAAAAAUCGAUUCAGCGGAGUACAUUGCAAUCGAUGAAUUAAUAAUAGGGAUCACUGAGUGCCUGCUUUUGGGCAUCCUCAAUGAUCAGUGGCGUUGGGAGACAUCGGGCCGUUCGCCAACCCCAUUGAAAAGGAAAAAAAAACUACACAAAGCACUACACACACACACACACACACACAUAUAUAUAUAUAUAUAUAUAUAAAAAAAACACACACAAAACUACACACACACACACACACACACAUAUAUAUAUAUAUAUAUAUAUAUAUAUAUAUAUAUAUAUAUAUAUAUAUAUAUAUAUAUAUAUAUAUAUAUAUAUAUAUAUAUAUAUAGUGCUUGUUGGCACAGUGAAAUCUACAAUGAAGCAUAUUUAAAUUGUGUUGUCCCUGGUAUAUGCACACACCAAAAAAACCACCAAAGAAUUGAAGGUUGGGGCAGGAAAUCAAGGGGGCCAAGGGGAUUCCAUGCCAGAGUGGUUGUCGUUGAGCCUCUACUCUAAAAAUAACUUAACCAAUUCAAAAUUCAAGUAUUCCUGUUGGCGUAUACCUGAAUUAAAUUCUGAGUCAUUCUCAAACAAAUCUAAGAGCAACAGAGAAAUGCUCUUAAUUUUUUUAAACUUCUUGAUCACAAAAUUGAUUUUUUUUUUAAGGUGGUUAUGCGAAAUACCUGCUUUGCGUCACAAAACAAGCUCACAGGAGCCAGAAUGCUUAAUAUAUUGAUUGUGGGUCCUCAAUAUAUAGAAAAAUAAUAUUUAAUUCAGAUAUAUAGUGUUGCCCCGGGUGCAGCGUAGAGUGAGUUGUAACGCUCAGCUGUAUUAGGACAGGUCCAAACGACUAAAGAAGCGAGCUUUGAAGGGGUAGCCGGUUCACUGUUUUAUUCUGUCUUUUUACUUCAUGUCAUCGAACCCAAUGUCUAAUCUCUUAACCCCACUGGGUUCACAGUGCCCCAGCCCUGGCGCACUGCAACCCCUUUGUAUGAGCAAUGCAUACACAGCUACGUAAACGUGUCUGUCUCUAUGUUAACUGUACACAGGGCCUCGCACUGCAAUCACUCUGUAUGAACAGUGCACGGACAGCUGUGUGGUCACUAUGUUGACUUUACGCAGUGAAUUAAAUCCUUAAUAUGACCGUGCAUCGCACCAAGUAAACGUCCGAGUGGCCAGCACGUGAGAAUGUUCCAAGACACAAGCGCAGAGGUCAGUUUAUUGUAAGGCCAGAUGAAACCUUGUCUUUUGGGUAAUAAAUCCCGAGGGGGGCAUCAAAUCAAAACACUGACAUUUUCAGUUAAAAUAUUAUCGAGAUUGCUGGAGCUUAAACCAAACAACAGACUUUACUUGGAAUUAUAUGCGUGAAAUCCUGAUGGCUGCAUUUUAGUUAAGUUUAUUCAAUGGCUGCUUCUCCUGGGUCCUAACUUCUUCGCGCCGAGGAAUUCUAAAGAAAGAUUUGUGUUCUUUACUGUAUGCCUAUAUUUUACCAGCUGUCACAUAGGCCAGCACUAAUGUCACAUAGGUCAGAACUGACGUCACAUAGGCCUCCACUGACGUCACAUAAGCCUGCACUGACGCACUAUACUAGAAAGUAAAACACAUUAAUGCGUUUUACGUGUGAACUGAAAAAAAGAUUCGACCAAAUUUCAGUUCGAUCAAAUUUCCGUCGCUCAAUUUUCCGUCGACGAAAUUUCUUUCAAACUAAUUUCCGGAUUACGAACUACCCCUGUAUAGGCAUGGACAGCACCCAGCAUAUUCAAGCGUUGUGGAUCAGCAAGAAAUGGUGAGAAUGAAUUGGUAUAGUACAGUUUAAAGAGAUGGGUCUUGAGGGCAGUUUUGAAGGCGGUGAUGGUCGUUAUAGUGCAGAUGUGUAAUGGGAGAGAAUUCGUUUUUUUGGGGGGCACAGAAAAAGAAAGAUCGUUCACCAUAUGUUUUAGUGCGUGUUCUGUGAACAGCAAGAAUACGCGUGUCUGCGGAGGAAUGAAGCUUUCGAAUGGGUGAAUAGACAGUAAGAAGUUUAGUACGAUAUCUUAUCGUAACUAUAUGUUAUUAAAUCUCUCAUAUCUUAUCAAAUUGUUAUCUUAUCUCAAAUCUUAUCUAUAUUUUAUCUUAUCUCAUAUCUUAUCUAUAUCUCAUCUUAUCUUAUAUCUGAUAUAUAUCUUAUUUAUUUCAUAUCGUAUCUAUAUGUUAUCUUAUCGCAUAUAUUAUCUUAACUAUAUCUUAAAUUAUCUCACAUCUUAUCUUAUCUUAGUAAUUGAUAGUAAAAUAAAAUUACUCCUUACGUCUUUUGCGCCCAAAAUGUCUCCCGCCCUUAUUGGUCACCUAUCUAGAGAAAAAAGUGUCGACAGGGGGCGAACUUCCCCCCUCCCCCUACCUAAGCCCUCUUUCUAAACUCCCUUCGUACGCCCCCCUUCGUACGACCCCUUCGUACGCCCCCUUCGUACGACCCCUUCGUACGACCCCUUCGUACGACCCCUUCGUACGACCCCUUCGUACGACCCCUUCCUACUCCCCAUUCCUACACCCCUUCCAAUGCCCCCUUCAUACGCCCCCUUCCUAAAACCCCUUCUUACGCCCCAUUUCUACGUCCCCUUCCUACGCCUCGCAAAAUGAUAAUCGAUUCGACUUGUAGCGGUUUAAAAUAGCAUUCCAUUAAAAAGAGAUAAUGCCUUAAAUUGAAACAAAACAUGCUGUUUCAUGUAUUUUUUAUUUUAUUUAGGUCAUUAAAAUGUCCCAUUCCCUUGCUUCUUUUCACUGGAUUAGAACUAUUUCAAUUAGAGCAGACGCGUGGGCCCUAAAAAUCCUGCGGCGGCAGAGGGCCUCCGAUAAUUAAAAAUGUGAGGUUAAACAAAUUAGUGCAUGACACCUCUUAUAUAUCUUUGCUUCUGAUGUGUCCUGCUUCGUUUUCACAUCCGGCACUCAUCCACCCCCCCUCCCCACCAACUUCACAUAUUUUAUAUUAAUAGUGCUGAGCCGGCACUCAUCCACCCCCCACCCCGUGGUUGAAGUGUAUAAAAGUAUUAAUAUUGCUGAGCCGGCACUCAUCCACCCCCCACCCCCACCAACUUCACAUAUUUUAUAUUAAUAGUGCUGAGCCGGCACUCAUCCACCCCCCCACCCCCACCAACUUCACAUAUUUUAUAUUAAUAGUGCUGUGUGAAAACAACAAGAAGAAGUCACGCAGCGGGCGCCAUGCGUGACAGUUGAACUCAGCUAAAAAUGUGUGGUGUUUUCUUUAGGGGAAGACGACUAUUAUAUCAAUCAAUAAAGAACCAUGGUUAUGGGUGUAGGACUGUCUGUUGUAGACCUGUUGUUUAAAGGACAGUAAGGUGAUUGGGGAGGGGGACAGUACACGUAAAUACUGUGUCCUACUACCUUAUACCCACUACCCUGCUACCAUUUAUAUGCCGCCUUCAAAAUUCAUUGCACAUUUUCAUAAAUGGGUCAAGAUAAUUUUGUUUCACAUGUUUAUAGUUUAUAGUUUAUAGUUUAUAGUUUAUAGUUUAUAGUUUAAAGUUUAUAGUUUAAAGUUCGGCUAUCGAAUAACAAAUCUGAACACGCUAACGAAAAAAAAAUGAAAUAAAUAAGGUAGUCGCAUAUGUUUAACACGUAAAUUUUACUUUUAUUAAGAAUCUUGGAUACUCUACACGAGACAUACAACGGCAAUCUAACCUUGUAUGACUGUAUAAAAUGAGGCACAAAUCUUCAUUUUCUGUCAUCUUUUAAAGUACAAUAUGUUUAUUUGUAUAAAAUGCAUUUUGUUUCUGUACAACUCCCGCUAGACAUCUGGUCUGCCACCUUAUAAACUCUGAUCUGCCACCUUAUAAGCUCUGCUCUGCCACCAUAUAAACUCUGCUCUGCCACCUUAUAAACUCUGCUCUGCCACCUUAUAAACUCUGCUCUGCCACCUCAUAAACUCUGCCAGAAACCAUAAAUAUAACUUUAAAUUAGCCUCUAUACACAGCUCUCAUUUUAACCUCAAUUUGAAUGUCGUCAUCGUCAUAAUUUAAAAAUAGAUUAAAAUGCGCACUCUUUGAUGUCGUCGAAUGCAAAAAUGUGUCUGAAAUAUAUCAUAUGAUUUAUUUUGUAAGCAGUUUUAAGCUGGUUCGGACCUUUGUCUAAAGCCCUCUCCCACCAACACAGACCCUGUCAUCACCUGCUCAUCUAGGUAAGGACUUUUGUCUACAGCCCUCUCCCACCAACACAGACCCUGUCAUCACCUGCUCACCUAGGCACGGACCUUUGUCUACAGCCAUCUCUUACCAACACAGACCCUGUCAUCACCUGCUCACCUAGGCACGGACCUUUGUCUACAGCCAUCUCUUACCAACACAGACCCUGUCAUCACCUGCUCACCUAGGGAGGGUCCUUUGUCUACAGCCAUCUCUUACCAACACAGAAACUGUCAUCACCUGCUCAGCUAGGCACGGACCUUUGUCUACAGCCAUCUCUCACCUACAGACCCUGUCAUCAUCUGUUCAUCUAGGCACGGACCGGCAUGGCCUGCUGCGCUCGGAGCGGUGUGAAAAACUCACCCGCUGAAGCAGAACGCCUCUUCAAAAUGUUAAACGUAAGUUAAUCAACUUUUCCCUGUCUCGGACAGUGUCUUGACUCUGUAAUUAUAAAAGUAGCUUAAAGUCUCUCCCCCCCCCCCCCCCCCCCAUGUCUCAGACACUGGACGUGGUAAGUUUACGCGCCACCUUGACUUUACCGCCUGAAGCUCAAGUAGCAGAAGUUUCAAGUCAAACAAACGAUAGCCAAUUAUCUUAUCUAAACUUAUCACCCCGAAACGUCUCGAGAAAAAUAUUGACUGGUUGACUUUUAAUUUCAGGGACCACUAACUCCUGCCGUACAUCCCCCUGUAAAGUGUUUUGGUUAAGAAUUCUCUGCCUUUACUUUAAAGAGAACGCCACCAAAAGUUAUGAGGGGUCUCCGACCCGCUACAGGGGAAGUGUUACAUAGGAAGUGCUACAUGUCAAGUGCUACAUGUCAGGUUCGGGGGAAACAGGAUGACAUAGUUGUACCCAACCUCCAAAUCGUGAAAAAGAGAAGGGGGAGACGUGGUGCUGAUCUAUCUAUUCUUUUCAGCAUUUCAUGCAAUCUCUUGUGGUUCAUGCCCCACCCUCUCGAAUCACGUGAACCGAGUUCAGCUGAGUAGCUAUUGUUAGUUUGAGCCUGGGAGGCCAACAUUUUUGCUGUCUCCUUCCCUUUUCCCAUAAAAACUUUUUUUGCAAUAUGCCAAAAAGGCCGCCCCUCAAUGCAUAGAAAUAAUUCUGCCCGGGGCAGACAACACUCUCCACGAACCUUUCCCCUCUUUUCUUUAAUUUUUUUCCAAAGUCACUGUCUUCUUUACUUUGUAAUAUACAAUGACAUAUAUAUGUGUGUGUGCGUACUUAUAUUUGUUCUUAUUCUCCAUUGCUGAUUUAAUUAUAUUACAUUGACUUCCUGGUAAAUUAUUAAUAACUCCAACUUCUUUUACAGUAUUCUGUGAUCCUGUGGAUAUUAGCAUAAGCAACUCUAAUGAAAUUAUUCGACUUCAAUUGUUCUCCUCUACUUUGUAUUAGUUUUAGAUUAUUUUGCUAAGUGUUCUAUUUAUCUGGUUUUUGCCCAAAAGAAUUAUGGAGAGGGUACCAUCCUGAAAAAGCAUUUUACCAAGGAACUUCUACAAGGCUACAAGAAGACGAAAACCAAGUACGGGGGAACUCUGUGUCAAAACAUGAGAGCGCCAUGCCUCUACCCCGACCAGAGGCUCGGCUUUCACUUCACGGAUCCAGAUGUUUAUACAGCCUACGGGGCUCUUCUAGAUGAGGUAAGUGUUAUACCAAAACUAGUCUAUUUUUUACGACAGUUUGGGGACCGCUGUUAUAGCGCUGUUGUAGUGUUUUUAUAUAUAUAUUUUUAAAUAAUCAAGUCGGGUCAUUUUGUAGGUUAGAUGUCACACUUUGUUAUGUAUAGAGCUGUAUGUGUGUUGAACGUUGUAAAGAGCUACGCUUGUGUUGAACACUGAAUAUAACUACCCUUGUGUUGAACACUGUAUAGAACUACCCUUGUGUUGAACACUGUAUAGAACUACCCUUGUGUUGAACACUGUAUAGAACUACCCUUGUGUUGAACCCUGAAUAGAUACCCUCGUGUUGAACGUUGUAAAGAGCUACCCUUGUGUUGAACACAGGAUAGCACUACCCUUGUGUUGAACACUGAAUAGAACUACCCUCGUGUUGAACACUGUAUAGAACUACCCUUGUGUUGAACACUGUAUAGAACUACUCUUGUGUUGAACACUGAAUAGAUACCCUCGUGUUGAACACUGUAUACAACUACCCUUGUGUUGAACACUGAAUAGAACUAACCUUGUGUUGAACACUGUAUAGAACUACCAUUGUGUUGAACACUGAAUAGAACUACCCUUGUGUUGAACACUGUAUAGAACUACCCUUGUGUUGAACACUGUAUAGAACUACUCUUGUGUUGAACACUGAAUAGAUACCCUCGUGUUGAACACUGUAUACAACUACCCUUCUGUUGAACACAGGAUAGAACUACCCUUGUGUUGAACACUGAAUAGAACUAACCUUGUGUUGAACACUGAAUAGAACUACCCUUGUGUUGAAAACUGAAUAGAACUCACCUUGUGUUGAACACUGAAUAGAACUAACCUUGUGUUGAACACCGAAUAGAAAUGACCUUGUGUUGAAAACUGAAUAGAACUCACCUUGUGUUGAACACUGUAUAGAAAUACCCUUGUGUUAAACAAGGAAUAGAACUACCCUUGUGUUGAACACAGGACAGAACUCCCCUUGCGUUAAUCAUUGCAUAGAACUCAAAUCAUUCCUUGCAUUAAAUGACGUUUCGGUUGCAAUCUUUCAGCUUACCUUGUAAAUCAAAUAAAAUUAUUUUUUUCUUGCAAGUCUAUUUAAUACAAGCAAUAAUACGGUUUUAGACUUAAUCUUGUUUUUAUAUUCCUUUAAAUGUCUUGUAACACAAGUGGUAGGCCUUAAUAAAACAUCUCACAUGAACUAAAUCAGCCUGCGAUGACUGAUACAAAGAGCGGGAACAUCAAAAAGUUUGAUUUCUCAUUUUAUAAAUUAGCUAAAUGCUUCUGUACUUAUAAAAUGUUAUGUUCAGAGGCACCUCAACUUCAUCAGACCGCUCAAGUUUCGCCUGAUCGACGCCACAUGUUUCAUUUAUUUUUAUUUGACAUUAAAUAAAUCAUACAUAAUUAUUUUUUAAAGCAACUUAAACUUCGUUUUUCUUUAAAAAUAUAUUAUAAACUGACGUCUUAAACAGGAAUACAAAACAUAUUUAGAAAAACGUUAGAAAGUCUGGAUGUCAUGAUUUGUGCACACCAGACAAUGUCAUUAGAAAGUCUGUCAUUAUUUGUGCACAAGACAAUGUCAUUAGAAAGUCUGGAUGUUAUGAUUUGUGCACCAGACAAUGUCAUUAGAAAGUAUGUCAUUAUUUGUGCACAAGACAAUGCCAUUAGAAAGUCCUGAUGUCUUGAUUGGUGCACAAGACAAUCUCCUUAGAAAAUCUGUCAUCAUUUGAUCACAAUCCAAUCCUGUUCAUGAAAGUGGUUUACAGCCGACACCUAAUCAAGAAAACAAAUUUUUUCCCAGUUCCUUGACCUAAGUAGUGCGGACCGGCAAUGUAACUUCCGUGGACCUAUACCGAUCCUCGGUCCACCACUUUGGGGACCCCCGUCGCGGUCUGGGCUGGAGAACGUCCGGCCCACGAAAUCAUUAGCGAAAUUCAGAGUCCAAUAAAUAUUGGGAGAUUUUAAAAAAAAUCAUUUUUAACAUAUAAUGUAAAGCAUUAGGACAAUGCUUUCUUUAGCUAAUUUAACCUUGACUUUGCAACGUUUGAUAAUAUAUUCAAAAUGUCUUCGCUGCUUGGCUUUUGAACAUUUUAAAAGUAGUGUGAAGUAAAUUAGACUUAUUGAUUUUUGGACAUACUACCCAAAAUGUUUGUUAUGCGCGAAAAGUAACUCUAAUCAUGUUUGUUACGUAUAGUAUAAAAGGGUAAGUAUAGUAUAAAAUGUUACGUAUAUUAUACUCAACAAUGCAUUAAGUAUUGUACUGGAAAACUUUAAGCAAUUCAUGGCUCACAGAAGCAAUUAUUUUAUAAAAUUUUAUAUUAAUAUAAUAAUAUGUACAUCAUAAAAUAGCUACUAUUCGCAAAAUAUAAUUGAUGAUGAAGUCAUAUCAAAUUAUAUUAAUUUGUAUCAUAUUUUUUUUAAAUUAAUAUUAAUUAUGUAAUGGGUGGAUAAGAUAUAAGGGGGGGGGGGGGCUGGGUGUAAAAAAAUUGUACUUGGGGCGCCGGCCCUGAUAUUUUUUAAUGACCCGGGAAUGACUAUAAAUAUCAAAAUGGUCAUAGGUAGAAAUAACGGUUUUCCACAGGGGGGAUAAGGUAUAGGGGGGGGGGGGGCUGGGUGUAAAAAAAUUGUACUUGGGGCGCCGGUCCUGAUAUUUUUUAAUGACCCGCGAAUGACUAUAAAUAUCAAAAUGGUCAUAGGUAGAAAUAACGGUUCUCCACCAUUGUCUCUGGGGUUGAGCGAUACGCCACAUUAUAAGGCACAAGGUGUUCCCUGCGAAAUGCGUUCCGUAGACAGCAACUGGGAUUGAGAUGGUUAUGCUGAUGUAUCGGAAAAUGUUUUAUUCUGUCCUCCGUUCAUACAAACAAAUGAGACCAUCACGUAGUAGGAUUCUUAAUAAGACGCUAACGCAGUAUAAGAAAUCAAUCUUUAAUUCUUCUGUUGAGUUUGGCGAAAUCGUAUAUCGUAACAAAUAUUUGGAUAGAACCCUUGGACUUUUAAUCUUUAUUCAAAAUGUAAUAAUAUUUCAAACGAUUCAAAAUGGGCACAUAACUCCGUAACAAGGGAGAAAAACACGUAUAAAAAAUGUUAUAAAAAAAACUAAAUCACAAUGGCUUGCAUCAGUCGUCUUACAUGACCUGUUAAUAAUUCUCCUAUAAAUAUUUAUGAUUCUGCUUAGUAGUCGUGCCUGUAUUUGUGACCUAGUUUUGACCACACCCCAGGUCAUUAAAGCUUACUUUGACCUAAAGGCGAUCGACCAUCCGCUUCAACCUGAUUUCGGGAUCUCCGAUGGAUGGUUUGUUAACCUGCCAGAAAAUCUUGACCCUACCGGUCACUACAUUCUACAGUCACGUGUGCUGCUGAAGAGGAACCUUGACGGCCUGCCAUUUCAGAAUUUACUCAACGAGAAUCAGAGGUGGGGGAGUGUGUUGUGUGUUGGCCUUCACUUCAGAGGUGGGGGAGUGUGUUGUGUGUUGGCCUUCACUUCAGAGGUGGGGGAGUGUGUUGUGUGUUGGCCUUCACUUCAGAGGUGGGGGAGUGUGUUGUGUGUUGGCCUUCACUUCAGAGGUGGGGGAGUGUUUUGUGUGUUGGCAUUUAUUUCAGAGGUGGGGGUGUGUGUUGUGUUUUGAUCUUCACUUCAUAGGUGUGGGAGUAUGUUGUGUGUUGGCAUUCAUUUCAGAGGUGGGGUGUGUGUUGACAUAAUAUUUUGUAGGUACAAGGAUGCCGCAGAUCAUUUAUUUUCAUUUAUAUUUUUGCGGUCGCAAAUUGUUAUAGUUCUCUCCAAAUUUGGGUUUUUGUGGUCCCUAAUUGUUAUCGUUCUCUCAACAUUUGUGUUUCUGCGGUCCCUAAUUAUUAUAGUUCUCUCCAUAUUUGUGUUUUUAUGGUACCUAAUUGUUAUCGCCCUCUUCACAAUUGUUUUUGUCGUGUAAUUGAGCCUGAUUUGUCUUUUAUUGUUCAUAAAUUGUCAUUUACGUUUCUAGGCACAGUGACCAGAACUUUCAUUAUUGGAUAGCAGCAGAAGACAUUACUUAACUUUAAAACUUCAUUAUUGGAUAGAAACAGAAGACCCUACCAAACCUUAAACUUCCAUUAGGACAGCAACAUAAGACCUUACCUAACCCUCAAAUUUCAUUACUUUACAGCAAAAGAAGACCUUACCUAAUCCUAAACUAUCAUUAUUGGAUAGCAACACAAGACCUAACCUAACCCGAUACUCUCAUUAUUGGAUAGCAACAGAAGACCUUACCUAACCCGAUACUCUCAUUAUUGGAUAGCAACAGUAGACCUAACCUAACCGGAUAAUUUCAUUAUUUGAAAGUGACAGAAGAACAACCCUUUGUGCUUUUAUAAGACGACAGAAAGGCCGUAGGUGUUAAACUGCACCCGUACGUCGCUAACGUAAACACGUAGCCUCAUCAACUCACGUAACACUACACACACCCCCUCCCAACCCGUUUUGCCCAUUUUCAGGCAGAAGCUUGAGACUGAACUAGAUUCGCACCUGGCUUCUUUGAGAAGCUCAGACGAGAAAUUCACCUGCACGUACAUGCCGUUCAAUUCAAAGCAGUUCAACCAGAAGAGGUCUUUCUUUAAGGACAACAACUCCAUGAUGAACGACGGAGAUAUGUCAGUAUUUCAUCUUGUUUCUAUUUAGACUUGACAUCACAUUUUAUACAUAUAACAUUCAUGCUCUUUAACAGAAAAAAAUGACGUAUAAUCUACACAUUUUCCAUAAUCUUCUAAGCUGCCUUUAACAUCUGUCCCAUGCCAAUGUCUGUUCAACUUUCCUACCUACAUCAUAUGUUUGAAACUAAUUAUAAAAUUAAACGAAUUGUUUUAUACUGUUGUAAUAACUAGAAAUGUUCUCAAAUGCCUCCCAUGUGCCUCCCACAUGAGAAUCAGUUUCCGCUUAACUUAUGCAGGUAGAGUACGCCUAGCUGUUGUGGGACCUUUACUGUAUCUCGCUGGAUCUCGCUGCUGUAUGGCAGGAUGUCGCUGCUGUAUUACAGGAUCUCGCUGCUGUAUUGCAGGAUCUCGCUGCUGUAUGGCAGGACGCUCCAGAUGUGUGUGUAGAACCCCUCUGAUGGGAUUUUUUAGGAACGGAUGUUGUAAAAUGGGACUCUCAAUUUGUAUUGUAGAACCCCUUUUAUAUGUUGCAUGAACCCUAUUUUACGUUGUAGGACCACGUUGCUAUGUUUUAAGACGCUACCUGUAUUUUUCAAAACCCCUCAGUUGUGUCGUAAGACCACUUCUGUUCUUGUUGGACCCAUCUUUUAUGUUGUAGAAUCCCCUAGGCUUAGUUUUAGGGCCACUGUUGUGUUGUAAGAUUCCCACCCAUGUUGUUUUGUAGGAACGCCCCCUCGACCCCAUUUCUGUUUGAUGACACUACCUGUUGGAUUGUAAAACUCUCAUGUUCUAUUUAAAAAAAGUUUUUUUUUGUGUAGAAACCCUCCAGUUCUAAUGUAAAACCCCACUUAUGUAGUGUAGAAACCCUCCAGUUCUAAUGUAAAACCCCACUUAUGUAGUGUAGAAACCCUCCAGUUCUAAUGUAAAACCCCCUUAUGUAGUGUAGAAACCCUCCAGUUCUAAUGUAAAACCCCACUUAUGUAGUGUAGAAACCCUUCAGUUCUAAUGUAAAACCCCCCUUAUGUAGUGUAGAAACCCUCCAGUUCUAAUGUAAAACCCCACUUAUGUAGUGUAGAAACCCUCCAGUUCUAAUGUAAAACCCCCCUUAUGUAGUGUAGAAACCCUCCAGUUCUAAUGUAAAACCCCACUUAUGUAGUGUAGAAACCCUCCAGUUCUAAUGUAAAACCCCACUUAUGUAGUGUAGAAACCCUCCAGUUCUAAUGUAAAACCCCACUUAUGUAGUGUAGAAACCCUCCAGUUCUAAUGUAAAACCCCACUUAUGUAGUGUAGAAACCCUCCAGUUCUAAUGUAAAACCCCACUUAUGUAGUGUAGAAACCCUCCAGUUCUAAUGUAAAACCCCACUUAUGUAGUGUAGAAACCCUCCAGUUCUAAUGUAAAACCCCACUUAUGUAGUGUAGAAACCCUCCAGUUCUAAUGUAAAACCCCACUUAUGUAGUGUAGAAACCCUCCAGUUCUAAUGUAAAACCCCACUUAUGUAGUGUAGAAACCCUCCAGUUCUAAUGUAAAACCCCACUUAUGUAGUGUAGAAACCCUCCAGUUCUAAUGUAAAACCCCACUUAUGUAGUGUAGAAACCCUCCAGUUCUAAUGUAAAACCCCACUUAUGUAGUGUAGAAACCCUCCAGUUCUAAUGUAAAACCCCACUUAUGUAGUGUAGAAACCCUCCAGUUCUAAUGUAAAACCCCACUUAUGUAGUGUAGAAACCCUCCAGUUCUAAUGUAAAACCCCACUUAUGUAGUGUAGAAACCCUCCAGUUCUAAUGUAAAACCCCACUUAUGUAGUGUAGAAACCCUCCAGUUCUAAUGUAAAACCCCACUUAUGUAGUGUAGAAACCCUCCAGUUCUAAUGUAAAACCCCCCUUAUGUAGUGUAGAAACCCUCCAGUUCUAAUGUAAAACCCCACUUAUGUAGUGUAGAAACCCUCCAGUUCUAAUGUAAAACCCCACUUAUGUAGUGUAGAAACCCUCCAGUUCUAAUGUAAAACCCCCCUUAUGUAGUGUGAAACCCUCCAGUUCUAAUGUAAAACCCCCCUUAUGUAGUGUAGAAACCCUCCAGUUCUAAUGUAAAACCCCACUUAUGUAGUGUAGAAACCCUCCAGUUCUAUUGUAAAACCCCCCUUAUGUAGUGUAGAAACCCUCCAGUUCUGUUGUAAAACCCUCCGUUGUAUUAUAAAACACUCCUGCUGUAUAGUAGAAACCCUCCUGUUGGUGUUAAAUAGACAUAUAAUCAUGUCACGUGGGUACCGUGUCUAACAGUGCUGUAUCUUCUUGCAUAACUCAAACUCUUCCAUCAGACACAAACAAAACGCUGGAGUGUUUCAGGACUUUCCAAAAGGACGCGGUGUUUAUUAUUUUGAUAAAGAGGACUUCGCAAUAUGGGUCAACAUGGACGACCACUACAACUUCAUGUCAUUCAAGUCUGACGCAAACAUGCUAGGAGUCUACUCUAAACUGGUUACCUGUGUGGAGCACUUGGCUCUGCAAGGUGUGAAGUUUGCUACCAAAGAUGGAUACGGGUGAGAGCAACUUACCACCCUCAAUUCAUUGAAAACAUUUUCUUUUCAGAAUGAAUUUUGAGUUCGGAUGUGAUUUUAAGUUAUAGUCAGGUGAAAUACGUGACGUAAUUUGAACAGGUGGUGUGAGAAAACGGAUGCAAUGUCUUUGUAAAGGCUUGAGUUAAAAUGAACGAGCAUAAAACAGAAAAUGGCAACGUUUGGUCAUGUGUUGAUAAAAUUGAUAUAAAAAAAUCUACAUCAAAAUGUCAAAUGUUGAUAGAGUUGACUUAAAUAUUAUAUGCCUCAUGUUUAUAGAUUUGAAAAUAUAUGAAAUGUGACGUGUUGACAUAGCGGAUUCCAAUAUGAUAUUUUGACGUUUAAGACAAGCAGCUGGUAAAAACGAAAAAAAAAAACAUAUUUGGAACCAGGAAAUAGGAUUAAUGGCUUAAACAAAUCAAAUCAGCCAGCAUAUGGCCCGACAUCAGAGUAUUGGUGUAGCCGCUUGUUAAGGUCAACAGCAAAGUCGACAACAGGAAUCGUCAGAAGGUCUCGCACCUCUCAGCAGAUCUCACACCUUUCAGUAGGUCUCACGCGAUUUAGCAGGUCUCAAACCUUUCAGCAGGUAUUACAUCAGCCAGAAGGUCUCACACCUUUCAUCAGGUAGCACACCUUUCAGAAGGUCUCAUACCUCUUAGGAAGUCUCACACCAUUCAGAAGGUCUCAUACCUCUUAGGAAGUCUCACACCAUUCAGAAGGUCUCACGCCGUUCAGCAGAGCGCCACCUGAAUGUCCCCACGAGACACACACAGUAUAAGCCGUUAUAAGAUGAAGGAAAAAUAUGUUGAUAUCGUAGAUUUGAAUAUAAGACGACAGAUGUUGAUAGUGGUGAUUCCAAUAUGAUAAAUACAGAAGCUACACCAUCUGUUCAAGAAGACAGAAAAAUAGCAACAGCAUCGUCGACUAGAUACAACCCUAUAAUCAUGUCAAUUUAUCACUUCCUAAAUCUAAUCUUUUCAAUUCAUCACUUCCUACAAACAUCUAAUCUUUUCAAUUCAUCACUUCCUACAAACAUUUAAUCUUUUCAAUUCAUCACUUCCUAAAAAAUCUAAUCUUUUCAAUUCAUUUUUUCCUACAGACAUCUAAUCUUUUCAAUUCAUCACUUCCUCCAAACAUCUAAUCUUGUCAAUUUAUCCCUUCUUACAAACAUCUAAUCUUGUCAAUUUAUCGAUUCCUCCAAACAUUUAAUCUUGUCAAUUUAUCGCUUCCUCCAAACAUUUAAUCUUGUCAAUUUAUCACUUCCUACAAACAUCUAAUCUUGUUCAUUAAUCACUUCCUUCAAACAUCUAAUCUUGUCAAUUUAUCACUUCCUACAAACAUCUAAUCUUGUUCAUUAAUCACUUCCUACAAACAUCUAAUCUUGUCAAUUUAUCACUUCCUACAAACAUCUAAUCUUGUUCAUUAAUCACUUCCUACAAACAUCUAAUCUUGUCAAUUUAUCACUUCCUACAAACAUCUAAUCUUGUCAAUUUAUCACUUCUUACUAACAUUUAAUCUUGUUAAUUUAUCACUUCCUACUAACAUUUAAUCUUGUUAAUUUAUCACUUCCUACUAACAUUUAAUCUUGUUAAUUUAUCACUUCCUACUAACAUUUAAUCUUGUUAAUUUAUCACUUCCUACUAACAUUUAAUCUUGUUAAUUUAUCACUUCCUACUAACAUUUAAUCUUGUUAAUUUAUCACUUCCUACUAACAUUUAAUCUUGUUAAUUUAUCACUUCCUACUAACAUUUAAUCUUGUUAAUUUAUCACUUCCUCCAACAAUCGAAUCCUAUCAAUUCAUCCCUUAACGCUACCAUUUAAUUUCUCAAUUCAUCCCUUAACGCUACCAUUUAAUUUCUCAAUUCAUCCUUUUCUGCAACAAUCACAUCCUGUCAACUCACCACUUUCGAACACUGGAAAAAAAUUAUAAUGAAAUAUUUAAAAUAAUUAUAUUUGAUCAAAACCUGAUGAUCCAGCUAAGGUAUAGUUGGCGAUAAUUGAAUUGAGAAUUCAGCAAUGCAGAGUAUCAUUGAUAGCAUGAGUCACAUGGUUUAAAGAUGGUGAAAAAUAUUACAACUGUUCCCAGUAACAAUUAUUACGGCUAUUGCGAGUCACAAGCAUAACAGCUUUUCCCUGUCACAAUUGUUAUAACUAUUGCAUUCAUAAUUAUUAUUUUAACAGCUAUUGCGAGUCGUAACUAUGGCAAAAUGGAAGCACUAUUAGUUGAAAGACGUAGUUCUCCUUCUAGUACUUUUUGAAAGUUUUAGUUCUCCGUCUUAUAUUUGAAAGACUCCGUUCUCCGUCUUAUAUUUGAAAGACUCCGUUCUCCGUCUAAUAUUUCAAAGACCCAUUUUUUCAUAUAUUAUUUGGAAAAAAUCAAUUCUCAAUCUAGUAUUUGAAGUAUAUACCGUUCUCCAACUCCGCAGAUUUCUCACUCAAGCUCCGAAUUUCUUAGGUACGGGGAUGAGAGUGUCGUUUCAUGUGAGACUCCCUCUACUAUCCCAACAAACCAAUUUUGAAGGCAAGCUUAGAAAGUAUGACUUAGAGGGUCCGACUUAGAGGGUAUAACUUUAAAGCUAUGACUAAGAAGCUAUGACUUUGUAGGUAAGACUUAGAAGAUAUAAGAUAGAAGCUGUGGCUCUGUUACUCAUGACACUUAGUAUUCAUUUUCUUUACAAUUAUUGUAAUCAGAAUUGUGAGAUUGUAAAAACUGAAGCACAAGUUAACGCUUCCAAAAAAAUCCAAAUUCGAAUCUACGUAUCCAACUUCUCCUGCAUAAUCUAUACAGCGACUGAUAAAAAUCAUCAUUUUAUGAAAGUAUUUUCGAUAUUUAACGUCGCCAUUAAACAGGUUGGGUAUUUUAAACCUAAGAAAGUGUUUUCCAUAAGUUGACUUUCUUGCCACCAAAACCUCUCGGGAAACAGUGGGAAAAUUUCAACCUAUUGAAAUACAGCAGUGGCAGGAGCCGCGUCAAAUAAAUUUGUGUUUUUUUAAUUAGUUAAUUUAUUAUUAUUUUUACAGUUUUUUUUUAAAAAAGCGUGUUGAGUUGUUUAAUCAGUUUUGCAACAUCCUUUAAACAGUGUGAUAAAAUCUUUUAAACACUUUGACAACAUUCUUUAAACAGUGUGGCAAAAUCUUUUAAACACUUUGACAACAUCCUUUAAACAGUGUGAUAAAAUCUUUUAAACACUUUGACAACAUUCUUUAAACAGUGUGGCAAAAUAUUUUAAACACUUUGACAACAUCCUUUAAAUAGUUUGACACCAUCCUUUAAACAGUUUGACAACAUCCCUUAAACAGUUUGGCAACAUACUUUAAACAGUUUGACAACAUUCUUUAAACAGUUUGGCAACAUCCUUUAAACAAUUUGGCAACAUCCUUCAAACAGUUUGACAACAUUCUUUAAACAAUUUGGCAACAUCCUUUAAACACUUUUACAACAUCCUUUAAACAGUUUGGCAACAUACUUUAAACAGUUUGGCAACAUCCUUUAAACAGUUUGGCAACAUACUUUAAACAGUUUGGCAACAUCCUUUAAACAGUUUGACAACAUCCUUUAAACAGUUUGACAACAUACUUUAAACAAAAUGGCAACAUCCUUUAAACAGUUUGACAACAUCCUUUAAACAGUUUGACAACAUACUUUAAACAAAUUGGCAACAUCCUUUAAACAGUUUGACAACAUCCUUUAAACAGUUUGACAACAUCCUUUAAACUGUUUGACAACAUCCGUUAAACAGUUUGGCAACAUCCUUUAAACUGUUUGACAAACAUCCGUUAAACAGUUUGAGAACAUCCUUUAAACAGUUUGACAACAUCCUUUAAACAGUUUGACAACAUCCUUUAAACUGUUUAGCAACAUCCUUCAAACAGUUGGACAAGAUUCUUUAAACAGUUUGGCAACAUACUUUAAACAGUUUGGCAACAUCCUUUAAACAGUUUGACAACAUCCGUUAAACAGUUUGGCAACAUCCGUUAAACAGUGUGGCAACAUCCGUUAAACAGUUUGACAACAUCCUUUAAACAGUUUGACAACAUCCUUUAAACUGUUUGACAACAUCCGUUAAACUGUUUGACAACCUCCGUUAAACAGUUUGAGAACAUCCUUUAAACAGUUUGGCAACAUACUUUAAACAGUUUGGCAACAUCCUUUAAACAGUUUGACAACAUCCUUUAAACAGUUUGACAACAUCCUUUAAACAGUUUGACAACAUCCUUUAAACAAAUUGGCAACAUCCUUUAAACAGUUUGACAACAUCCUUUAAACUGUUUGACAACAUCCUUUAAACAGUUUGGCAACAUACUUUAAACAGUUUGGCAACAUCCUUUAAACAGUUUGACAACAUCCGUUAAACAGUUUGGCAACAUACUUUUAACAGUUUGGCAACAUCCUUUAAACAGUUUGACAACAUCCUUUAAACUGUUUGACAACAUCCUUUAAACAGUUUAGCAACAUCCUUUAAAAAGUUUGACAACAUCCUUUAAACAAUUUGGCAACAUACUUUAAACAGUUUGACAACAUCCUUUAAACAGUUUGACAACAUACUUUAAACAGUUUGGCAACAUCCUUUAAACAGUUUGACAACAUCCUUUAAACAGUUUAGCAACAUCCUUUAAAAAGUUUGACAACAUCCUUUAAACAGUUUGACAACUUCCUUUAAACAGUUUGGCAACAUACUUUAAACAGUUUGACAACAUCCUUUAAACAGUUUGACAACAUCCUUUAAACAGUUUGGCAACAUCCUUUAAACAGUUUGACAACAUCCUUUAAACAGUUUGACAACAUCCUUUAAACAGUUUGACAACAUCCUUUAAACAGUAAGGCGUCUCUUUACUAUCUAUUUCUCUUCAUAACAUUUUUUUUUUCAUUAACAGUCGAUAAAUAUUAAUUAAUGAAAUUAAUGAUGCCUCUUUUCAUUUGGGCUUUCAGUCUUGGACUUAGCACCUGGGGAGUGGAUAUUGUUUUUGAUGAGAUUAAAGAUUACACGUACGACAUUGGCAACCACUGUACUCUCCAAGAGAGGGAGAAGGACAUUGUGUUCAUAGUGUGUCAGGGCGUUGCUCAGCUGAUCGAGGAGGAAAAGGCCUUAGAAGAGACCAAAUGAUGGGAACUACAGCCAACGUCAAGCAACUAUUUUUUAUGUUGUUGUUAGCGUUGUUGUACCGUGAAAAUUCGUUUGUCAGUUGAAGAGAUGUCAGCAAGUCUUGGUAUAUCUUGCUUUGGUUGUGUUUGCUUGGAGUAGACUUUAAUGUAAAGAGGUUUAUAGCUACUGUGAUGUUUACAGCUACUGUGAUGUUUACAGCUACUGUGAUGUAUAUAGCUACUGUGAUUUAAGUAGCUACCGCUAUUCUUAUAGCUCCUAUGGUGUUUACAGCCUCUGUGAUGUUUAAAACUAAUGUGAUGUUUAUAGCUAUUGUGAUGUUUAUGGCUACUGUGAUGUUUAUAGCUACUGUGUUGUUUACGGCCACUGUGAUGUUUAUAGCUACUGUGAUGUCGGAAGUUACUGCUAUGCUUAUAGCUCCUAUGGUGUUUACAGCAACUGUGAUGUUUAAAACUAAUGUGAUGUUUAUAGAUUAUUGGGAUGUUUAUAGCUACUGUGAUGUUUAUAGUUACUGUGAUCAAGCAUCGGUUGUUCUCCUUGUGCUAACAUCGCGAUGGUUCUUUCCUUGUAAAGUAACUUUAUCGUAACGUCACGGUCUCACUAUACAAGGGCAAUGUUGAGUGUUUUACCGAUGUCACGUCUCUCUGCUGCUCAUUAUAUAUAUAUAUAUAUAUUAAAGAAAGCACUUGUAUUCUAAAUUAAAAAUUAUCUGCUUCUAAGACUUGACAUUAUCUCAGAUGUUCCUAUAACUCACCCUUAAUUCUGAGACAAUGGAUUAUAUAUAUAUUGUCCCUACUUCCAUUUCAUCCUAAUCCUUUCCUCACUACUCAUCACCACCAGGCCCGGCCCUAACAAUAGCGGGGCCCUAUGCGAAACGGAUUGCGCGGGGCCUCUACAUGAUUAUAAGUUAUAAUGGUCUAAUUUAAUAAUUUACACCUAGAAUUAGCGAGGGGCCUAUGAAAGUGCGGGGCCCACUGCAGCCGCAUAGGUUGCAGUGGCCUAAGGCCGGCCCUGAUCACCACAAGGUCUCGACGUACCAUGAGAGUUGAAAUGAUUGGGAUGUGUGACAUCAUUUAUUUUUCCUAUUCAGUCCAUUAAAUUAUUUGUCUCGGUUCGACGAUGGAUACAAUCGCUUGGAACUAUUUUAUUUGGCGCCUAUAGUUUUAUAUCAACUGUUUGAAUGUUACUAACAUCCCAUGAAUUAUAAAUAAGAUGUGCCAUGUAAAAUUAAACUAUCUCAACCCCGUAUCUCUACGCUUCGACUUUAGUCAUUAAAUUCUUGUAAAGAAAAUGAAGCACACUUCUCCGCUCACGACAAAACAUUUGAAUGUCGUGUUUUGUACGCACACGUCUCCGCUCACGACAAAAAAUCUGAGUGUCGGGUCAUCUACCAGCUAAAUCAUUCCAGGGGCCUACCCUCACUUCACGCUUCUAUAAUGUGUGGGGUGAACUUUGACUGAUUAACUGACCACCACUGACCUUUAUUAUACCAAUCACUGGCCUAUAUUAUACCAAACAAUGAACUAUAUUAUACGAAACACUGACCUAUAUUAUACAAAACUGACCUAUAUUAUACCAAAUUCUGACCUUUGUUAUACAAAACUCUCACCUAUAUAUACCGAACCCUGACCUACAUCAUACCAAACUAUGACCUACAUUAUACCAAACUCUGACCUAUAUUAUACCACCAGCUGACCUAGAAUCUUACCUCUGACCUAUAUCAUACCAAACACUGACCUCUAUUAUACCAAACUCUGACCUAUAUCAUAAGAAACACUGACCUAUAUUUUACACAAGCGACAUCUAUUAUAAAACCAACUGACCAUUUCAUAUAUAAUUACAUUGCGGUCGUAUCGCCACAUUUAACUUUACCAUUCAAAGUAUUGCCCAGUUUGUCUUAUUCAAAUGCCCUGUACAUAUACUCUAAUUCUUUCAAGUAUCCCAAUUAUUAUUUCUAUACGACUCAUAUCUAUCCUAUGUACAUCUAGUUUUACAUCUUGUUGUACAUCUGAAACUUUAUCAUGGCAGACGAAAAUAAACCUUGAAUUAAUUUUCUGGCCAAGUACCAGAAUUUUUUAAGUUAUAUAUAAACGUGAGGGUGGAAGAACUUGAGGGUGGAAGAACUUGAGGGUGGAAGAACUUAAGGGUGGAAGAACUUGAGGGUGGAAGAACUUCAGGGUGGAAGAACUUGAGGGUGGAAGAACUUGAGGGUGGAAGAACUUAAGGGUGGAAGAACUUGAGGGGGGAAGAACGUGAGGGGGGAAGAACAUGAGGGUGGAUGGACUUGAGGGUGGAAGAACGAAAUGGUGGAUGGACGUGAGGGUGGAUGGACGUGAGGGUGGAUGGACGUGAGUGUGGAUGGACGUGAGGGUGGAAGAACAUGAGAGUGGAUGGACAAGAGGGUGGAUGGACGUGAGGGUGGAUGGACGUGAGCGUGAAAGAACGUGAGGAUGGAAGAACGUGAGGGUGGGUGAACGUGAGAGUGGAUGGACGUGAGAGUGGAUGGACGUGAGGGUGAAUGGACGUGAAGGUGGAUGGACGUGAAGGUGGAUGGACGUGAGGGUGAAUGGACGUGAAGGUGAAUGGACGUGAAGGUGGAUGGACGUGAGGGUGGAUGAACGUGAGAGUGGAUGAACGUGAGUGUGGAUGGACGUGAGGGUGGAAGAACGUUAGGGUGGAUGGACGUGAGGGUGGAUGGACGUGAGGGUGGAUGUACGUGAGGGUGGAUGGACGUGAGGGUGGAUGGACGUGAGGGUGGAUGGACGUGAGGGUGGAUGGACGUGAGGGUGGGUGGACGUGAGGGUGGCUGGACGUGAGGGUGGAUGGACGUGAGGGUGGCUGGACGUGAGGGUGGAUGAACGUGAGGGUGGAUGGACGUGAGAGUGGAUGGACGUGAGGGUGGAUGGACGUGAGGGUGGAUGGACGUGAGGGUGGAUGGACGUGAGGGUGGAUGGACGUGAGGGUGGAAGAACGUGAGGGUGGAUGGACGUGAGGGUGGGUGGACGUGAGGGUGGCUGGACGUGAGGGUGGAUGGACGUGAGGGUGGCUGGACGUGAGGGUGGAUGGACGUGAGGGUGGCUGGACGUGAUGGUGGAUGGACGUGAGGAUGGAUGGACGUGAGUAUGGAUGGACUGAGGGUGGAUGGACGUGAGGGUGCAGGUGAAUGCAGUGUACUGAUGAUCUAGAGUCGGAGAUUGAAGCACCAGUCGGAUCUGAUCUCAGUGUGUCUCGAAGUUUCGUUUUAAUUCACCGCUCGCUGGUUAAAUACAUAUCACGUUAGAGGCGGUGAUGUGAGCACACCAUGAUGAUGUAGGUUCGUUGGUUGAACAAUGACGAUGUACAUAUCCUCUUAGAGGCGGCGAUGUGAGCACAUCAUGAUGAUAUAGGCUCGUUGGUUGAACAAUGACGAUGUACAUAUCAUCUUAGAGGCGGUGAUGUGAGCACAUCAUGAUGAUAUCAUGCUCGUUGGUUGAACAAUGACAAUGGAAUGGUGGACAAUGCCAACAGAAUCAGCGGUAUAACCCCCCUCUCCACUCCACCCCCGCCCCCCCAAAACACAACUCUGUCAUGUAAACAAAACCUUUGACUCAGAGUCGUCGUCGUUUUCUCCAUUGUUAUUUAAUUGGUUCCCAAACUAAAAGUCAAAGUACCCCUGGCAUAUUGAUCAGUCAAACUAAUAAUAACAUAAAGAAAACUGGAAACAUCGAAAAUGCCGCUUUGUCUCUGUUGGAUGAGCUUAAUACCUGAAUGACUGAAUGCGGUUAUAAAUGAUAUCAGAAACAUUGCGAAUUCAACCCCAAUGUCACUAAUUUAGGGACUGGGAACUGAAUUUAUAGAGAUUUGUCUACUAUUUCUCUGCUAUAAAAGAGCAUCAAAAAGCUGAAGUUGUAAUAAGAGUCCGAUUCUGAGCCGGCCCUUGAGUCAUAGACUCAUAGUCGGAGUCAGUUUGGGAUACGCAAUCCUAUUGGCUUUAAAAUAAUCGGGGGGUUGUCAGUGAGUGGUGGGUUGGGUAAGAGUAGUGCGACUGUCAAACAAAUACGACUGUGCCGAACUGAUGCAACAGCGACGACGUAAACAGUGAAUCUGGAUCAAAUAUUGAUUUCGACAUCCUAAAACCAAUUGCAAUCAAUCUAUACAUAGACUUGAUCACUGGAAUCGUUACGCUGUAAUUAAAACCUUCUAACAAAGAUUCGCCAAACUGCCAUCUUUAACGACUGCAGUGGGCACCGCCACAAUGGUUUCAUCGGCUUAUUACAUCAUAUGAUAAUAUUUGCAUGUCUACACAACAACAUUGUAAUAAGUGACCUUUAUAUAUUUAUUGUACAACAUUCUAUUUAUUUACUUAAGUUUUAAAAUGUUACUUCGUGGAUUUUACACGCUUUAAACACAUUCUCCUUUCUCGAUUGAAUUUGUGUGGGUUUGAGAGUUACUACGACGGCGACAAUUGAAAUGCAAUUCCUUUCCCGACGGGACAAGGUGAUUGUGAAACUGCUGAUUAAACCACGUGAAUGUUUUGUUUGAGAAAUCAAUUCAUGCUGUUGCAGAGUGUUAACAUUUCGAAACAUUGAAAUCCUUUCAGUGAAAAAUUAACCCAAAUCACGUAGUGCAGCUUUUAGCCUAGCACAAGAGAGGAGGGGUAGGGGAGACUAUCGUUUGCCAUGAAAUUAACAAAAAUUUGUAUGCUUGACAUUGUUAUGAUAUGAGAAGACAAAUAUCUGGAAAUAGUCUCGGUGUUUCAAGUUGAGUAUUGAAAACAUACGCAAAUACUAAAUCAAGUCUGAUUUUCUUUUCUUUUUUUUUAAACAUGAAAUGUUGAAAUUCAACUAUAAUCAUAAAAUAAAUGCUUCAUUUCCUAUUAUUAACUAGAAGUUGUGAUCCGGUGUUAACGGGUUAAUAAUGAAAGGAAUAUUGCGCCACUUUCUACCUGCCAUUGCGAAGUUUUGACAUCGAACUAUCCAAAUUUUACUAUGUAGCUGAAUCGGAUUUUGAUCCAUUUGAUUAAUACCUUUAAAAACAAGAUGAUAAUAUUCCAGGCUCUUGAAUAUGCACAUUGAAAAAUAGUAAAUCCGCGCUUCAAGCUUUUGGGGAUAAAGCGUGAUUUUCAAAUAACCUUUAUUAUUUUUAUUAUUCAAUCAUUUGUUUAACCAUCUUAUGUUUUACGGUUCUACCAUCCUUUGGUUUGGUUACAUUCGUGUAAGUUAUUUAAACAGCCCCACCCAGUCCUGCUCUCCUCGUCCCUGAACAAAAAAGAAAACAUAUUUUCAGAAAACAUGUAAAAACAUUUUGGUCCUUAAAUUGUGUUUUUUCAACCAGUUUAAAUAUAUUUCACAUUAAAUGAUUUUGAUCUAAUAUUAUGUUCAUUUGCAUCGUGUCCAAUCUUAUGACAUAUUUGAUCGGAAAACGAUGAAACAAAAAUUAUAUAUCUACAAAAAAUAUUCCAAGUCUGUUUUAUUAUAUAUAUAUAUAUAUAUAUAUAUAUAUAUAUAUAUAUAUAUUAUACUCAUUGUUAGAAAUUUAUUAAUCUCAUAAUCCCUUAAAUUGUUUUUUCUGACAUUGAUAUAACACAUGUAAUUUUUUAAAAAGAUUAUCUAAUAAUUCUUUUACACGAAUAUAAUAUCCUCGUGUUAAAAGAUAGUGUCAUCCACUUAUAUAUAUUGACAUACCCUCUCUUCUACCCCUGAAAUGCGUCUUCUGAAGAGGGUCACAUACAUCAUUUCCUCAGUUUCAAAACUAUCUUUAUACUCAUUUUAACAUAUUUUGGCCUUGAGAUAUUACUGCACUUAUACUAUACGCCCACCCACGCUGAAGUGCAUCUUAUGCUGCCUGGGGCAGAAUCCAAAAACCCCCACCCCCACACACAAAAGUAUCCUUUUAAAUUUUAAUAGAAAUAAAUUAAAAACCAUCCCGGGAUGUAUACCCCCCCCCCUACUUUUUGGACGCCCCUAAUAUAUAUUAACAUGUUAAUGUCCCACCGAAUUUUUGCCAUGCAAUGUGCAACAUUUUCUGUUUAAAAAAAAAAUAUUUAACGCAUAUUUCCUUAUAUUUUACGAAUUUUAUUUUAUUUUUAUUUUUUUUAAAAUCAUAAACGGGUUCUGUGAUAUGAGCAUACGCCAUUUUAUAACAUUAAAUGUUAUUGAUUAUUUUAAAAUAUUUAUCACUGCUGACAGCAUCGUAAAUCCUAAAACUGAUGUGUAUGUGUAUGUGUGUGUUGAUAAUGGCGUCACGUUUUUCUGACAUCCUCCCCCCCCCCCCCCCCCCCGCCCAGGUAUCUGACGUUUUGUCCCUCCAACUUGGGCACCGGUAUGAGAGUUUCAUGUCACAUGAAGAUACCCCUUCUAGCACAGCAGCCGAACUUUGAAGCACUGUGUAAGAGGUAAGCACUGGUGUAAUGAGGUGAGCAUUGGUGUAAUGAGGAAAGUGUUGUAUAAUGAGGUAAGUAUUGAUGUAAUCAGGUAAGUAUUGGUGCAAUGAGUUCAGUAUAGGUGUAAUGAGGUAAAAAAUGGCGCAUCUUUAAUAUCUCUGACUCAUCUGGAUAGAUUAAUCGUCACAUAGCGCCAUGGACCCACCCGCCCAGGAGCCUGACGACAUCAACGGGUGUUCAUCCUACCAUAAAUCUAGAUCUCUAACGAGAUAUUAAAAAAAGCUGCGGCUAUUCGGAGCGGGGUCCGAGAAGGGAGGGUUUGGGUUUAUUAAAGCAUAUUUAAAAAUUAUUUGCAGGGUUUGUAAGACAAAAUUUGGUAUCAAAUGAAAGAUAAUUGAAUGGAAUUUAUGUUUGUAAACUUAAGUCUUCAGUUAAACCUAAAUAAACUACCGCAAAUGACAUCCAAUAGCAUUUAAUCAAAAUGGAAUCGGGUACGCAUCGCCACUAAUCGGACCCGGGUCCCAUUAUUAUUAUUUUUUUUUUUUAUUUUUUUAUUUUAAUCCCACCCUCUCACUUCUCGGACCUGGGUCAAAAUAGCCACUUCGAUUUUUUUUUUUAAUGCGCUUAGUAAUAAUUAAAAAAUUGCAUUUCUCUUUUUUUUUUUUUAAACUCUCCAUUGUAAUCUUAGCCUUGGACUUCAAGCCAGGGGCGUCGACGGUGAACACACGGAGAGUAAAGAUGGCGUCUACGACAUCUCCAACAUUCAACGACUGGGCAAGACGGAGCUGGACAUCAUACGUGACCUGGCCAAGGCAGUCCAAGAACUCAUCGGCAAGGAGCAGAAGCUUGAGCAGGACGCCGAGAGGGCAUCGAAAGCCGAGACACCCGAGAAAACAGAAGCGACCGAGAAAACCAGGGAUUGAAUGUGACCACCUAUAUCCGG